GUCGUGUGUCGUGUUUGAAAAUUAUGGCUUAAAAUAAAAAAAUAAAAAUCUUACCUUUAAUCAUAAUAUUAUGCGAAUGAAUUCGUUUAAUAUACUUAUGCAAAUUCAUCGGUGUGGUGUUAUUAUCGUGAAGUAAAGAAGUAUAAUUGAUAUGUGGUCAUAAAUGGCGAUAAUAUCGGUUUAUUUGUGUGUUAUGUUGUGAGAGAGCGAUGGAUCGUCGGUGUUCACAAUCGGUCCGGACGCUAAUUUUCGACGAUUCGGACUCAGAUUUACCGAACAUCGGUAAGAAAAAGGAUCUAUCAUCGACGGGGGCUCCUUCAUCUUUAAAUCAAAGUGCUGAAGAUGCCAGCAAGGGUUUGCGGAGCAAUCUUCUGCGGAUGCGCAGGUCAGCACUUGGCAAAUCAGCCCCAGCUCUCUCCGUUCAUGUGAAGGAGCAAUGUGCUGUGUCGCGGCGACCAUCCCGGCUGCCUCCCCCUCCGCCACAUCACAGGCUAUCUCUGGUGGUCGGUUCAGGGCGGUGCAGUUCUCCUGGUACGGGCCCGCUGUCGCCGGCGGAGGGCCCGCGCUGGCCGCACGCUCACCAUGCCCAUCCUCUGCAUCACGCUCUCUUGUCGUCCAGCGUCAAACGCGGCAAGGAGAUAGAUGGCAGAAGAUGGUCGGUAGCGUCGCUGCCGUCGUCCGGGUACGGCACCACUCCGGGAAGUUCCAGUUUGUCAUCACAAUGCUCGUCCCAGGAGCGGUUGCUGGCGGCGCAGGGCGCGUACGAAGCACCGCGCGCGCCCUGCCCGCACUGCCAGCAACACCAGAACUCGCUCAACAGCUCGCAGGGAUCCGGCAUGAAUUGGGCGUCGCUGUCUGACAGCGGGGGCAGCGGACACGCCCCGCGCGCGCCCUCGCCCCGCCCCGCGCCAAAGCGUGUGCGCAGCCGCAGUCUCAGUUCGCCGUCUCGGUCACCGGGGGGCGGGUCAGGUGGCGAAGGCGCGCGCGAGGACGCUGUCACCGCAAUGUCUGCGCUCUUCGCCUCGCGCUUUCCCACCGCACAGAAACACAUGGACGACAAAUUGCGGGGACUUAUCGACGAGUUGACGGAACUUGACAAGAAACCUGACCGGCCACCUAUUGAGAGAUUUGUGCAACGACAGGUGUUGGAGAUGGCGCGGGAUUGCUUACACAAGUCGGAGUCGAAGCAAGUGACCAGCUCGUACUUCUAUGACAUGGCGGACAGUCUGGACAGACUGUUGGCUGAGACACGUGAGAAGUCAGCGGAGGCGGGUGCGCAGGUGGCACCACUAGUGACGCGGCUGGUGCUGGCCAUGGCGCGGCCGGCGCGUCUGCUCGAGUGUCUAGAGUUUGAUCCUGAGCGCUUCUACCGUCUGCUAGAGGCCGCUGAGGGGCAUGCGAGGCAGUCGCAGGGCAUAACGACAGACAUCCCGCAGUACAUAAUCCACAAGCUGGGACUGUCGCGUGACCCGCUGGCAGAGCUGAACGCCCCGCCCCCACCCCCGCCACCCCCACAGCACAGCGCCUCGCCCUCCAAGGGGCGUGGUCGUCAGUCUCCGCCGGGCGCGCCCCCCGGAGGUGCUCCGCCCUCAGAGAAUGACUACCACGUCAUCAAACUUAUAUCUAAUGGCGCGUAUGGAGCUGUCUACCUUGUCAAACAUAAAUUAACCAGGCAGAGGUAUGCCAUGAAGAAGAUCAGUAAAAACAAUCUAAUCUUGAGGAACCAAGUGGAGCAGGCCUUCGCGGAGAGAGAUAUACUCAGUUUUGCUGACAAUCCUUUUGUGGUGACAAUGUACUGUUCGUUCGAGACGAAGCGCCAUCUAUGUCUGAUCCUGGAGUUUGUGGAGGGCGGGGACUGCGCCACGUUACUGCGCGCCGGCCCCCUGCCCCCGGACAUGGCGAGACAUUACUUCGCGGAGGCUGUCCUCGCUGUAGAGUAUCUGCACUCGUACGGCAUCGUGCAUAGAGAUCUCAAACCUGACAACCUUCUCAUUACAGCGACGGGACAUAUAAAGUUGACGGAUUUCGGACUCAGUAAAAUGGGCCUUAUGUCGUUGGCUACAAAUCUAUACGAGGAGUAUGCGGACCGGGAGGCGCGACAGUUCUCUGACAAGCAGGUCUGCGGUACACCGGAGUACAUCGCACCUGAAGUUAUAUUGAGACAGGGUUACGGCAAGCCGGUGGACUGGUGGUCAAUGGGUAUCAUCCUGUACGAGUUCCUGGUGGGCUGCGUACCUUUCUUUGGAGACACACCCGAGGAGUUAUUCGCGCAUACAGUUAAUGAUGAUAUUGAAUGGCCUUCAGAAGAAGAUUUUCCUAUAGCAAUAGAAGCUAGGACCAUAAUCACUGAACUUCUCGCCAGGAACCCUCGCGACCGCCUCGGCACUGGAGGAACUCAUCAAGUUAAGGAUCAUAUCUACUUUUACGGCCUGGACUGGAACAAUCUAUUAAGAAGGAAGGCAGAAUUUAUUCCACAAUUAGAAAACGAUGAGGAUACUAGUUAUUUUGAUAGUCGUUGUGAUCGUUACAACCACAGCGAGGCUGAUACUGAUGAGGCGGGGGAGGGCGGGGAGCCGGGGGAGGACCCCCUCUUCGCCGCCUUCUCCUCCACCUCCCCUCAGUGGCGGCGACACUACAACCACUCACACUCACACUCUCAUUCUCACUCUGUUGUCUCACACGACUCAAGGAGCACGGACAGUUGGCCGGGCACGCCGGACAGUGCGGGCCCCCCCACCACGCCCACCGCUCCCCACCACCACCCCAAGUGUCCAUUGGUUGGUACCGGUGGUGGUUCAACAGCGGAGUCCUCGCAGACGGACUCUGACGACGUGUCUCCAGCCGCCCGCCGCCGCGCCGCGCUGCGCCCGCCCUCACUCGCUGCGCACGCGCACGGCCACGCCCACACGCACGUUGGCCACGCCCUCGCGCACUCACAUCCACACCCACAUCCGCCCGUCUUGCCGAGGAUAACGGACACAUCAAAGCGAGAAGAAAAGGGAGCAGAUAGAGUGGACAAGCCGGAGAAGACCAAGCCGAUAGCUCUAGCUGCACCCAAAGCUAUGCGUCGCUCCGCCAGCACAUCUGGACUCUCGCUUGUUAUACAUCCAGCAGAGGAGAGCGGUGUGAUAGCGGGCGGGGCGGCGUCUCCGUGUGCGGGGAACACCUCCUCCACCAACUCCUCGCGUGACUCCUCCCCCUGUCGUGAUCCACCUUCACCCUUCGCCAUCGCCAACCACUCAUUGAUUCAGUCAUCAAAGCCACCUAUAGUUGUGAGACGUGGACCUCGUGGUUUUGGAUUCACAAUACAUACAGUGCGAGUAUACUACGGCGAUACAGAUUAUUACACCAUGCAUCAUCUCGUCUCCGCUGUGAGUGAGCAAGGCGCGGCCUGGGCUGCAGGUCUUAGAGCUGGUGAUUUGAUAACACAGCUCAAUGGAGAGUCUGUGCAAGGACUGUUACAUACACAGGUGUUGAAGUUACUUUUGACUGCACCACACGCUACUCUACGCGCCACGCCAUUAGAUCAAACUACAAUUCAGGCGGGUGGGCGUCGCCGUGCGGGCGGUAGGCGCGCCUCCGCACCUCCUAGGCCCCGCCCCCGGAGACGCUGCUCUCUAUUCCGUCGCAUCUCUACCAAGCGCGCCUCGCAGGAGAUGCACCAGAUGGUGACAGCUGCGGGUAGUGGUGAGUGCUCCUCGUCUCCUGCCGCCUCGCCUGCAGCAGACAGUCCUCUGCACGCCAACACACACUACCAGAGGCCUUCGUCUCUCCACGGGCUGAAGCACAAGUUGAGUGCGGGCGAGGUGCGGCGCGCGUCUCUGCAGCACAUGCCGCUCUCCCCCCUCGCACGCACACCCUCACCCUCCCCCCAGCCGCAGCCAGCCUCCCCCACCAGUAGGUGUGAGGCGCGCAGUCCCUCCCCACUGGCGGCGCGUGAGUGCGGGCGACGUCCCUGGCCUCGCCGUGACCCCGCCUCUCCCCUGCUACGCCGCGCCCUCUCCCCUGACAGAUUACAUCCGCGAUCAGCUGAAGCGAAAUGCUCCAUUUCACCACUAUGUUGUGGUGUGGGCGUGGCUGUGAGUAGUGGGGGCGGGGCCAGUGCGAGCAGGCGGGGCGCUGGUUGGCGCGCGCCCGCCCCCGCCCCGCCCACUCCGCCGCCCCCGGAGAAACCCGACGAGCCUCCACUGCCGAGGAUCGCGGAGGAGAAGGAUUCUCCUACACACCACGCUGGUCACUCUAAAUUACCUACUAGGACCCCAGCAAAGCAGAGUACUCCGAGCAUCUUCACGUCGUCACCUAAGAGUGUGGACAGAGGUGUGGCGGAUGCGAACGCCUCUUUCGCUUCACUUUCUCUGUCAGAUGAAUCUUUUAUGGACACUUCGAUUGAUACGUCUAAUCUGGAUACUUCUAGAGAAGUCUUUUUAGAUGAUAGUAGGUCCAGUACAGAACCAAACGUAACUACAGAUGUAAGCAAGAAAACGAGCACUACAUUUGAAACUAUGCCAUCUUCAAGUCAAACUGAUCCACAUUCUAAGACCAGACAAACACCAGAAUCGAGUUCCAAAGAAGAAGACUUGAAGAAAGAUAAAAAUAAGACUAAAGAGAAGUCGGAACUAAAGAAGCAAGACUCUAUAAAGAAAAUGGAGAUCUCAGAAAUAAAAGAAGAAAAGACCGAAGUUAAAAUAGAAGAGAAACCAAAAACAGAGAAAACGAUGGAGAGAGUGGGGUCUAUGAAGAAAUCAGAAAAGGCUGAGGCGAAAAAGGAAAAACAAGAGAAGGCGGAAUUGAAGAAGCAAGAGAAGAUGGAAGCGAAGAAAAAUGAGUCUGCGAAGAAACUGGAAGGAUUGAAGAGACAAGAAUCAGUGGAAAUCAAUAAGUCCCCGGAGGCGGUGGAGUGCAGCAGUGGGGGCGUGGUCGUUGUGGGCGGGGCGGAGGCGGGGCGCGGCAGGAACAGUAUGGUGAGCAAGUUGCUGGGUGUCAUGGGUCGUAAGACACCACGAGACCGCGACGACGACGACCACAGACCUGCCAAGAAACAGGACAAGCACGCUAAGAAGAAGGGUCAAAACAACCCUCAAACUCCACAAGUCGUGGUUGCACUGCCUCCUAAACCUAAUGAACCUACAAUACCCGAGCGUGCAAGCGAGAAGACUGACAUUGUUGAAGACAAGAAGACAAAGAAGGGACGUGGCCGCGCAUCUAGCUCCUCCUCCGGCGAGAAAUGAACCAAUUAAAAUCAAGGGGCGUGGCUUCGUGAGUAACGCCUACUUCAUCGAGAAAUUAACUAUUUAUACUAUUUUUGACUUUUAUAUAAAAAAACGUGUCUUCGGCUUCUGGAAUGAUAAUUCAGUUCAUUACUAUUUUAAGACAUAUUGAACUUUAUGUCUACAGCUUAAGGUCGUAAUUAGCAACUCGGAUAAACCAAAGAUUAAAUAUGUCAAACUUUGUGAACGAAAUCCAUUGAUAUUUCUCUCGCAUCUUUUUAAAUGCAUCAAGUAUUAGUUUUUUCAUGACCAUUUGUUGAAUUUGAUGUCAGUUUUAUAUUUCUUAAGAUUUGACAUUUAUGCAUAUACUUGAGAAGUCAUUCACCGUCUUAUCAUUCAAUAAUUCAUUCACUUGUCUGAACAAAAUCAAUACAGAAAUAA